CCGGCUGUCCAGCAAGCCAAGGUUAACAUGUGCUACCGCCUUGUGGGUCGGAAGGAUGCGUACAUCCGAAUACUCAAGCUCCCCAGCGGCAGGUACCGUUGUACGAAGCUGAUCCUGGCUAAAUCGCAAAACAAGGAAGGGGGCACAGCUUAUGCAACACGAAACAUAUAAAAGCCUCCUUUCUGACACUCUAACUGUAGAAUCCAAGUUCUUCGAGUUGAUCAUUCAGAGAUAUGUCUGGCAUAGAAACCUUCCCUGUUCCGUUGUCUGCAGAGGCUAUCUCCUCCACGUGGCUGUCUGCAUUUAUUUCUGACAUAUCCAGCCCCAGUUUCACUCUGAAGCGCUCGUUUACAAACGAUAGCUACUGGCGGGAUCUCUUGGCAUUUACUCCUGAUUUUCGCACCUUGCACGCACUUCCAAAAAUCCAGGAUUUUUUCUCAGCUCCGAUUGCCCUUGCGCGGCCAAGUCGGUUCCGACUCUUGCCAAGUGUCCGUCAUCGGCGCAUUGGUCCUACAAAAACAUUCAUCCAAGGAAUUGUUCAAUUUCAUACGGUCAUAGCGCAGUGCACUGGCGUCUUCACUCUGACUCAAGUCGAGGACUCCUCAUGGAAGGCUUGGUCCUUUGUGACUAUGAUGGAUCAGUUGUCUGGUGUGGUCGAUCGCUUUCGCGCCCAUACGCCUCUCUGUCGUCCUGCUGAGUGGAACACUACAAUGGAGUACACAGCGGUCGUCGUGGGUGCAGGUCAGUGCGGCUUAUCCAUGGCUGCCCGUUUGGAGAAUCUUGGCAUCUCUACACUUGUCUUGGAGAGAUCCUGCGCAAUUGGCAAUGGUUGGCGUUCUCGAUACGAGUCACUGGAGACUAAUACUCCUAGGGCGUUCAAUCAUCUUCCCUUCGUCUCAUUCCCAGAGGAAUGCGGCACGUAUAUCCCUUGCAGAGACGUUGCCGACUAUCUUGAAAAUUACCAAAGAACUCUUGGUCUUCAUGUGUUGACCUCAGCCCACAUUUCUACUACUUCAUAUGACGCUUCGUCAAGUACCUGGACACUCUCUAUAUCUUUUUCAGGGCAAGCCUCUAUCACAGUGAAGGCCCAUCACCUCAUUGUCGCAAUAGGCGUUGGUACGACGGGAGGUGCACUCCCGUUUGCACCUUCGAUUCGAGGAAAAAGCUCCUUUCUCGGUUCUGUUAUCCAUUCCAGCGAAUACAGGUCCUCUUCCUGCAUCGGCACGCAGAAAGUAGUCGUCGUCGGCGCAGGAUGCUCGGCGCACGAUAUUGCUCAGGACAUAGCAAAUCAUGGGUCUCAGACAGUGCUUGUCCAGCGUUCCCCGACUGCCGUUGUGAGUCGCCAGACGAUAAACCAUAUGAUUGCCGGAUAUAUCGCGCAGGACGCUCCUCCGACAGAGAUCGCUGACCGCUUAUAUGUCGCUAUCCCCUUGUCAGCUCUUCAAAAUUCCCAGUACGACAUCGUGGAGAAACAUGCCCAUAUAGACCAGGACCUCAAGGAGAACUUGGCCCGGCAUGGAUAUCUCCUUCCCGGCCCUGAGGACAACUUCUUGCACCGUCUCUCUGUUCGACGAGGUGGCUAUUACAUCGACCGAGGUUGCGCACAGCUCAUCACGUCUGGCAAGAUCACCGUCAAGUCUGGGCAUGAGAUUUCCCACUUCUCCCCUUCUGGGUUGGUAUUUGAUGACGGUUCGCGAGUUGUGGCCGACCUUGUCAUAUUCGCAACUGGGUACUCGAAAACUACGAUCAAACAAGUCGCUGAGAACCUUUUUGGACCUCAGGUCGCGGACGCUGUCCAUGACCUUGGAGGAUGGGAUAGUGAUUAUGAGCUUGCAGGUGUUUGGAGGCCGACUGGACAUGAUGGACUCUGGUUUGCAGAGGGCGAUCUUUUUUCUGCACGGUUCUACUCCCGGUUCCUCGCAUUACAGAUAAUGGCGAGGGAGAUGGGAAUUGCUAAGUCCAGACCAGAAAACUUACAUCCCAUGCUAAUUUCUGCGAUCAACUUCUCAGUUACCCUAUAUAUUAUGUACACGAGAUGUCCUUGGCUCGUGUUCAACAACCUGCUAAUAACAUUAUUUAUAUGCAACACAAUUAGGUCAUACGCAUGUACUGUGGAAAGAACUUUCAACUGCCGGCGUCUUCUACUUUUGGGCCGCCUGGUCCAACACGGGCCCAGGGAUGCCUAUACCACAAUCACGAGAUAUCAAUGAUCGAUAUCUCGUGUGUGACGGGCCAGAAGGUGA